AUGAUCGAGGCCGACGAGGCGUUGCGCCAGUUGGCUUGGAAGCACAAGGGUGUCGGAACCAAGAUGCAAGUGAAGAACGGCAUCUACGUGUUUCCUCUGCAAGACGAGAAGAAAGGAGUGAAGGGCGGAAGCAAGGGCCAAGCUGAGAUGGUUGAGGAAGCGGCCAAAAGGAAAGCCGCCGGAAAGGCAACGCUCAAGGAAAAAGGAGGCACUGAAGACGACCGCUUUGCCGAGGAGCCGGAGGCUCCAGGCGAAGAACAACAGAGGGCGAUAGUGCCGAAGAGCCCAGACCAGCCAACGGCUGACCAGAUCGCACAGCACGAAGCCUCGGGGCACGCGGUGCACCGUUCCUGGUGCGUCCACUGCCAGAGAGCGCGAAAGAUGGUGAAUCCACAUUACCGGAUUCGGAGAGCCGAACUUGAGACAUCUUUGCCGACGCUACACAUGGACUACUUCUUCCUGGGCAAAGAAAAGCAGGAAGACGACGUGAUGCCGCACCUGGUGGUUCGGUGCGACAAAACGCAGCGCACUUGGGCAACUUCGUUGCCCGAGAAAGGCACGCAUGCGUACAACGUCACGUGGUUGGCCAGCGUGAUACGCGAGGCCGGAUGGAAGAGGAUGUGCUUAUUCUCAGAUAAUGAACACGCCCUCCGUGCGCUCAAACUCAAGGCCUCCGAAGAAGUCCAAAAUGUAGUGUUCGACUUGAGAGAGAGUCCUACAAGUACGGAACACGAGAAUGCGCCAUCGAACGGCAUAGCCGAGGCCGCAGUGAGAGAGGUGAAGCGAAUGGUCCGAGCUAUCCUGUCGGAGCUGGAGACAAAGCUUAAGAUCGAGGUGGGCGUGGACCACCCGAUUCUCGCCUGGAUCGCGAGGCAUGCAGCGUUCUUGAUGACACGUUUUCGCAUUGGCGAAGACGGGAAGUCAGCUUACGAAAGGACGCUGGGCCGACCGUGGAGGCGACCUACCAUUGUCUUUGGCGAACAGGUGAUGUUCAAGCCAGUUGGUUCGAAACACAAGCGAGGAAGCCUAGAUGCAAGAGUUUGCAUGGGACGUUACGUCGGAACUGCGUCGAGGAACGCAGACUUGCUGAUCAUGACGUCCGAGGGUAUAUCCCGGGGCCACUCCCUGCACAGGAGGCCCGAGGAUGAGAAAUGGCCUGUUGAAGGUUUCGAAGUGCUACGCGGAUUGCCUUGGAGGAUGUCCGGUCCACAAGAGCGAGCGUCGCCCAACCGAGUCGGUAUGCCCGCUCUCGAAGGCGAACAACCCGCGCCACAACACCGAGACUUCAAGGCACGCAACCUGUACGUCAUGAAGUCCGACAUUGAGCUGUACGGCUACACGCCUCAGUGUCCGGGAUGCGAUGCGCAGCUGAUGGGUCUCCCGCAGCGAGCGCACAAUGACGAGUGCAGGAUGAGAGUGCAGAGAAGACUGCAAGAAACCGAAGAGGGAAAAGAAAGAGUGAAAAGGGCCCAAGAGCGAGUUGAAAAAGACUACGGAAAGCGGGUCAAAAGAGACCAACCCGCGCUGGAAGGAAGGCCUGCCCCCGACGCAAUGGAUGUCGCAGCAGAGGAAGCGGCAGGCGCACCUUUGUCCAGACCAAUGGAGGUCGAGGACCGCGCCGAGCCGAAACAGCGGAAGCGCGCAGCGUCCAAGGACGUCGAGGACCUUUACCGGGAAGAGCCCAGCACGAGGGCUACCGAUGGUCCAGAUGUCGAGGUCAUUGGAGUACACGUGCAAGGGGGAGCAAGUGGCUCUGCAGGACCCGGCCUGGACCACUCACGCCAACAAGCACGAGCAGAUGCAGAAAUGUACGACGCAGCAACGGCGAAUCCGCCGCCAGCCAACGAGGAAGUGCGAAUGAACCUGAUUACGCGGAUGUUCGAACAAAAGGGGCUCAAGUGCAGCCCGACCGAAGCGAAGGCCAUAAACUCUAUGGUUCUACAGUUGGGAGGUAAUGGCAAUUCAGCUGUGCCCUGGAGCAUGGUGAAUGAAGGCAUUAUCUUGCCAAUGGACCAAGAGCCGCCGAUGUUCGCUCAGGCUGAGCAUUUGCGUUUCUUCGAAAAGCUGGAACAAGUGAAGCCAAAGCUUCUGGUGGGCAAGCUGCCCACUGGACCCUUCCAGUCAGUACAACGUGCUUUCGACAUGACCAACAAGAUUGGAGUCGAGACCAGACGCGGAAAUUUGAGGAAGGCCCGAUCUCAACUGGGGCUUUGCUUUGAGGCCUUCGAGGCACAGAAGGAAGCCGGAAACUACUUCCUCUAUGAGUGCCCAAGGGGAACUAAGUCCUGGGAGCAUGAACUUGCUCAAAGGAUGGGUUCGUACUUGGUUGAAGGCCCAAUGUGCAAGUGGAAAGUUGACGAAAGUGGAAAAAUGAUUGCAGGCCAAUCCGGCAAGAAGCGAACCCGCUGGAUUACUAAUUCGGCGACGGUUGCAACAGCGCUGGAAAAGCUAUGCAAGGGCAAUGCGAAGGUGUGGAACCGAACGCUAAGCUUCAAGGAGGGGAUCGUGACGGCCAAGGCCGAGUAUCCUCCGAAGCUUGAAAGAGCACUACUGGCAGGAGUGCGAGCACAACUGGUUCUGGAUGGAGAAAUGAAGGAGGUGGGCCAUGUGGGUGGACCUGACCCACACGAGGAGCCACCGCUCGAAGAGUAUCUCCAUGACACCUUACCCAAGGCAGGGCAGCUUCACGUAAGCGAGCCCGUCAUAGACGCAAACACAGGGGCACAACUUGAUGCCAGAAAGGUUGCGGAAGCAAGAGCGUCAGAACUUGCCUGGGUGAAAAAGCAAGGUGUGUACGAGAAAGUCGAAGAGAGCGUGUGUUGGGACGAAACAGGUCGUCCGCCCAUAACCUUGAAGUGGGUAGACCGCAACAAAGGGGAUGAUGUUCGGGAAAACUACCGCAGUCGUUUGGUAGUCCGCGAGGUCAAGUCACAGGGACAAGCGGCGUUGAUACCAGACUACGCGCUGUUUUCCUCAAUGCCACCUCUGGAAGGAUUGAAGAUCCUAUGCAGUCUGCUGACGACACUCAAGAGGUCAAAGAGCGGAAAGAAGCUCACGCUGAAGCUGACAGACAUAUCACGUGCACACUUCUAUGGAAAAGCAGAACGACGUGUGUUUGUCACACUUCCCGAGGGAGAUGAAGCUCCCGGCUUUUGUGGUCUGUUGAAACGGACCAUGUAUGGCACCCGUGAUGCCUCAGCUGUAUGGCAGAGAUCGUACACAAGCCUGUUACGCAAGCACGGGUUUGUCGUGGGAAAAGCAUAUCCGUGUACCUUUUAUCAUGCCGAAGCCGACGUGAGAUUAUUGGUGCAUGGGGACGAUUUCCUAGUCUUGGCAGACGAAGAUGGACAUCGCUUUGUAGACAAAGUACUGUCUGAAGAGUACGAGUUCAAGUGUGAUGGCCACAUAGGACCUGAGUGUGAAAAGGAUAGCAUGACUGUCCUGAACCGGGUCGUGAGCUAUGACAGCCAGACAGGAACUGUUACGUACGAAGCGGAUCCAAGGCACGCGGAAGCCCUAGUGCGCGACCUUGGACUGGAGUCUGCGAAGGCGGCCAAAACGCCAGCAGAAAAGAAAAAGGGAAGUGACCUGAAAGCGAUGCUUGAAGCACAGCCGUUGAAUGCCGAACUUCAGAAAGCAUAUCGGUCUCAUACGAUGAGGGCAGCGUUCCUUGCGCAGGACCGUCCAGACAUUGCCGAGGCUACGAAGAGCUUAGCGCGGCAUAUGAAAGAACCCACAGAGUGGGCAUGGGCCGAUCUGAAGAGGCUUGUCCGCUACUUACGCGGAAAUCCACGGCUGAUCUACGAGUACCACCCGCAACGGUUCAGCAAAGAGAUUGUGAUGUACUGCGACUCAGACCACGCUGGUUGCCUCAUCACGCGGAGGUCAACCACGGGACUGGUGACAAUGCUUGGAUCGCACUGCGUGAAACACUCAAGCAACGUGCAAAGCACGAUCUCCCUCUCGAGUGGAGAGAGCGAGUUUUACGCUAUAGUUCGAGCAGGGUCAAUAGGUCUGUCGCUACAGGCGAUGCUAGAAGACUGGGGAUUAAAGGUCGGUCUGCGGAUUCGAUCUGAUUCCUCGGCGGCCCGAGGCACUACCCAGCGCCAGGGCCUGGGUCAAGCACGCCACGUGCAAACAAGAUACUUGUGGGUGCAAGAGAAAGUCGCCACGCGAGCUCUGGAGCUAGAGCGUGUAGGCACGGAGAAGAACUACUCCGACAUCUGCACCAAACCAAUGCCCGAAGUGGCAAUGCUCAAACACCUCAAGAACAUGGGAUUGCGUUUUCAUGUUGGACGAGCCGGAGCAGCCAAACGGCUCGUGUGA